AUGGGAGGACCGGCUGUCACCACUCAUCCGCUCAAUCGUUCCGACGGCUCUGCCUCCUACCAAUGUCCCUCGACCGGAUCUAAUAUUCUGGGAUCAGUGAAUGCUCCUAUAGAGCUCCCCGGGCGCAGAGAUGCUUUGAAGCCCGAAGAUGCGACCAUUGAAGUCUUCGUGAAACCGGGCACCGCACCUGGAGGAGUUGGCGAGCGAUACGUGGAAGGUGUUCUUAAAAACGCCCUAGGAAGAAUAAUUCUGGGACGAGAGAAGGGGUACCAACGGAGGGGAGUUGUUCUUACCCUGGCCAUAAUUGGCGGGGAGAGCGUAGCUCGAGGGGGAUCUUAUCUUCCCUUACUGCCUGCGCUCCUCCAUACUUCUCUCCUUGCUCUACUGUCAGCCGCAGUUCCCCUCUCAAUGACCCUCUCUGCAACUGUGCUUGCAGUAAACUCUACCGGGGAUCUCAUUCGGGAGCCAUCCGCCCAGGACGCCGCGGCAGCAACCUCUGUCCAUGCCCUUGCAUUUACCUCGAAAGGCCACAUGCUACUAAACGAGAGUGAGGGGGGCUUUGACUUUGAUACUUGGGAGAAAGUGCACCAGCAGGCCUUGGCUAUCUGCCAUGGAACCUCCGCUCCGGGUUCAGACGGCGAUGUUGCCAUGGCCGAGGAUAUGGAUGACGAACCCCUUGAUGGGAUUGUACGCGACGCCAUUCAGGAUCAGAUUUAUCGUGACUACGCGUGGAAAAUUGACGCAGCCUGA